GAUGCAGCCUCUGGAUAACGUAACUUCGACUUGUACUGUUAUGAAGCCCCUGGCUGGCUUCCAGCUGGCCACUCUCCACACUUGGCCUGUCCUCCCCGCGCGCAACACAGGCAGGAAAUUCACUCACUUCUCCUAUCAAAAUGUUUCUUCGGAUCCUUUGUUUCCUACCACUCUUUUUCAGCAUCAUAUUGGCCGCUACAGCCACACAGUGGCGAAGUCGAUCUAUCUACCAGAUUCUUACAGACCGAUUUGCAAGGACGGAUGGUUCAACAACUGCGCCAUGUGAGCCUGGCUACGAAGGUUUCUGCGGUGGCACCUGGUACGGUAUCUCUCAAAAGCUUGAUUACAUCCAGGGCAUGGGAUUUGAUGCAAUCUGGAUCUCCCCUGUGGUAGAACAGGUAUCCAACCCAACACGAGCAUACCAUGGAUAUUGUGCCAAAAACAUAUACUCUCUGAACGAAAAUUUUGGCUCUGCGGAGGAUCUGAAAUCGCUUUCUAUGGCAUUGCACGCCAGGGACAUGUACUUGAUGGUGGAUGUUGUACCGAACCACAUGGCGUUCGACGGAAAUGCGACAGACGUGGACUACAGCACGUUUCACCCUUUCAACGAUCGCUCGUUCUUCCACAAUGUAUGCUUCAUCACGGAUUGGACCAAUGUCACGCAGAUCCAACAAUGCUGGCUUGGCGGAGAAGUAAAUCCGUUGCCGGACCUCAAUACUACUUCGCCAAAGGUGCGUACAGAAUGGAACACCUGGAUCAGGUCCCUCGUAGCAAACUACUCGAUCGAUGGCAUCCGGGUGGACACUGCACAGAACAUCGAGCAAUCUUUUUUCCCCGACUUUAGCAAGGCCGCAGGGGUCUUCGCUCUUGGAGAGGUUGCCAGCUAUUACACGCAAUACGCUUGCAAUUAUCAAUCCUUUAUGGAUGGAAUCUUAGGGUAUCCGGCAUACUACACAUCAGUUUGGUUCUUCAAUAACACCCAGGCACUGUCAUAUAAUAUGCUCUACGAUUUUCUAAAUACGAGCUCCCUUUGCAGGGAUACGAGUCUUGUCGGAGAGUUCAUGGAGAACCACGAUAAACCACGCUUCCCCAGCUACACAAGCGAUAUGAGCCUAGUGAAGAACAACCUCGCGUACAUAAUGCUAAAAGACGGGAUACCCAUUGUCUACCAAGGCCAGGAGCAACACUUGAAUGGUGGGACUGAUCCAUUUAAUCGCGAAGCAAUCUGGUUAUCCGGGUACAACACAGACGCGGAGCUUUACAAGUUCAUCAAGCAGUUGAAUGCAAUUCGAAAGCUGGCCAUAUCGAAAGCAUCGUCAAUAGUUACAUCAUUUCUCACAAGCAAGGCGACUGUUGUCUACUAUGAUGCGCAUAAUGUAGCUUUUUCGAAAGGACCAGCGGGUGCCAGGGUGUUGACGGUGAUCAACAACAACGGAGCAAAAGCCGGGAAUUAUACAUUGAGUAUACCCAGGUCGGGUUACACGCCGCGUACAGAGGUAGUGGAACUGUUUACAUGCACGCGUAUGACUAUUGGGAGAUCGGGAAAUCUCGCAGUGACGGUGGUUGAAGGCAAGCCGGUGGUGAUGUAUUCCUAUAGCCUUCUCCGGGGCACAGGGUGGUGUGGAAGUUAA